GCUACGGCACCAGCUGAUCCCGGGUUCUGGAUGUGGAGUUGGACAUCGCACAUGGACGCCAAUCCCACUGUCUCCUUGCUGCUGCUGUACAGAAACGACCCGAUUUACUCGCUCUGCGCCCCCGAUCUGAUGAGCGCUUCCCAAAAAGUGAACAACGACUUCAUCAGGGACCAGAAGCAGCUCGUGAAGACGCUGAAGAGACUCGAGCAGCAGAAGCUGGCCCGCCUUCGGCAGCUCAAUGAGGAGAAGAAGCAGUUUGCCUUCAUCAUGAGAAAGAGACUGCCUCCGAGGGGCGCGGGCCCUUCCGCCCCUCCAUUGCUCGGCCUGAGCUGCUGCGCUGCGUCCAAAAUCUCCAUCCCAACUGGACUCUUUGUAGGCACCAGCAGCCACCAGGCCAGCGCCACCACCAUCGGAAGCAUGACGCUGAGCCUCUGUAGCAGCCGCCCAGUGGACUUGUCGACACGCUUCCAGGAACGGCGGGAGGGUCCAAAGGUGUGUGCUGCUCCCACAAGGUGUCCCUGUGAGCGUGGACGCGCCAGUAAAUGGGUGACCAGGAGCGAGAGCUUCUUACCAGCUAUGCAGCACCGCGCCGCUUGGGCCGGAACCUCACAGCACUUCAGUGGACGUGUGAGUGGUGUGAAGAAGCCAGGAAAGAACUGAGCUGAGCAGGCCUACCUGCUGACACCCACUCCCAGGUACCCUGUAGCGCUGCGGUUAAGGAUGCGGCCCAGUUGCCAAGUCAGAUUUCCGGAGUGGCUCUCGCUGCUGUGCCUUCAAGAAAAGGUGUCACUGAUUUAGUUUGUAAAAUGUCCAUCUGUGGUGUCAGCAGAACAAUAAAACGAUU